AUACUUGUUCGAAUUGGAGCGCAAAAAUUUUGUUGCUAUAAAUUGGGAACGACGGUUCCGUUUAGCCACAGUUCAAUCGGUUUCAUUGCUCAGUGAACAACAGCCAAAGCAAUCAUCAAAAUGGCAUUCAAGUUUGUGACUUUCCUCGCCCUGGUGGCUGUUGCCCGUGCUGGAAUCAUCGCUUCCCCAGCUCUGUCCUAUGCUGCUGCUCCAUCCCAUCUGUCCUAUGCUGCUCCAGCCCAUCAACUGUCCUAUGCCGCUCCAUUGACCAAGACCUUGGUUGCCGCCCCACUCACCAAGCAAGUCGUUGCCGAGGAAUACGACGCUCAUCCUCAGUACUCCUUCUCUUACGGAAUCGCUGACGGACACACCGGAGACCAGAAGGAACAGCACGAAUCCCGCGAUGGGGAUGUUGUCAAGGGAGCUUACUCCGUUGUUGAUCCAGAUGGUUUCAAGCGUACCGUCGAGUACACCGCCGACCCACACAACGGAUUCAACGCCGUCGUCCACCGUGAGCCACUCGGCCAUGUGAAGGUCGCUGCUGCUCCAGUUCUUGCCGCCAAGACCAUUGUUGCCCAGCCAGCCCUUUCUUACGCCGCUCCAUUGGCCCAGAAGACCAUCAUCUCGCAGCCAACUCUCUCUUACGCCGCCCCAUUGGCCCAGAAGACCAUCAUCUCCCAGCCAGCCUAUGCCAGCUAUGCUGCCCCAUCCCUGUACCACCAUUGCACAGUUCGAUCAAUUUCAUUGCUUAGUGAACAACAGCAGUCAGCGCAGAACAAAAUGGCAUUCAAGUUUGUGACAUUCCUCGCCCUGGUGGCCGUUGCCCGUGCUGGAAUCAUCGCUUCCCCAGCUCUGUCCUAUGCUGCUGCUCCCGCUCAUCUGUCCUAUGCUGCUCCAGCCCAUCAAUUGUCUUAUGCUGCUCCAGCUCAUCAACUGUCCUAUGCCGCACCACUGACCAAGACCCUGGUUGCUGCCCCACUCACCAAGCAAGUCGUUGCUGAGGAAUACGAUGCCCACCCACAGUACUCCUUCUCUUACGGAAUCGCUGACGGACACACCGGAGACCAGAAGGAACAGCACGAAUCCCGUGACGGAGAUGUUGUCAAGGGAGCUUACUCCGUUGUUGAUCCAGAUGGUUUCAAGCGUACCGUCGAGUACACCUCGGACCCACACAACGGAUUCAACGCUGUCGUCCACCGUGAACCACUCGGCCACGUGAAGGUCGCUGCUGCUCCAGUUCUUGCCGCCAAGACCAUUGUUGCCCAGCCAGCCCUGUCCUACGCCGCCCCACUUGCCCACAAGACUAUCAUCUCGCAGCCAGCCUAUGCCAGCUAUGCUGCCCCAUCCCUGUACCAUCACUAAGCGAUGGAACGUUGUUAUCGACUGUUUGUUAACUAAAACUAACCAAUGCGGAACUGAAUAGAUGAAAAAAUUAAAAAAUUAAA